AUGAAGAAAAGAUGGCAGCAAGAAGAAAAUAAUCGAAUCAAAAUCAACGUCGAUGGUGCUUUCUUGCCGAUAUUGACACAGAGAGGACUUGGUGGUGUUGUACGUGGCUCUCAAGGUCAGUUCAUUGCUGCUUUUGCUCACUCCAUUCAACAUGUUUGUUUUACCAAACAUGUGGAGCUAUUAGCCAUCAGGGAGGGUAUUGACCUGGCACAACAAAUGCAAAUGUCACAGGUUUCCAUCGAAUCUAACUACCUUGCUGCAGUUCAAACGAUUGCCCAUUCCGACUCGAGUUUCUCUGAUUUUGGUAAUAUCAGUGAUGACAUUCAGGAGGACCUAAGAGGUCCACAAGGUGUCCAGAUCAAUUUUGCUCCUAGAACUUACAACCAGGUGGCUCACAGACUAGAAAAUAUCGGUUUUGAAUCCGGUCAGAAUGAAGCUUGGUUCAUUCAAGCUCCUAGUUGUAUUAGUGACUUACCUCAACAUGAUUGGGCUUUAGAUGUCACGCGAAUAAUUGGUCUUGGUGUUGGUCUAUAUAACAUUGUCGUUACUAGUUCUCAUAUCUUUUACAUGUUAAAAGGAUGGAGGAAUAGCCAGGACAUAUUUUCCAGUCAGUAUGGUUCAUACUCGUCGUAA